CACGCCGCCUAGGAAGCGCCUGUGCCCGUCUGCAUACGCGCAUUUCACUCCGCAGUGACUUUGUGACAGCACGCAAUUCAACAUCCUCUCUCUUCGUUGACGGGGACGAACGAUGAUCCUACGAUUCUUCCUCUGCUGCCGCUAUCUGCUUUGCUUGAACCGCUGUUGCUACGACGAGUAAUCUGGACGCGACCCCGCACACCCAGACGACCUCUCGAGGCUGCGCCGAUUACGCCUCAACGACCAUUUGCCUAGCGGAGGAGAAGAGACGUGGAGCGCGACAUGCCUUUUCGAUCAGCUCCGGAGAACGCUAAGACUGCCAAACCGCUACGCUCGUCGAAAACAGACAGUAACCGCGCACAACUCUCCACUAGAAAAACGGAGAUCAAGAUCAAUGUUUAUGACCUACUCCCCCCUGGCAGGCUUUCGACUAUCCUCUGGAUAAUAGGCUCUGGGCUAUUACACUCUGGCGUGGUCAUUGGCGACCGCGAAUACGCAUAUGGCGGUCACGAUCGAAAGGGGCUGACAGGUGUCUACUACACCAAGCCUCGACAUCUCCCACCCGGCGGCACUUGGAGGGUGGAGAUACUCCAAGGCUUUACACUUUGCAGCCCCAGCGAGCUCGAAAAUGUCAUACGAGAAGCUUCGGACGUUUUCCAGGGCACAUCCUACAACUUGCUUACCAAGAACUGCAAUCAUUUCACUUCGUACCUCUGCGAGAAACUGACGGGUCGGCCUGCACCGAAGUGGUUGAACCGUGCUGCCGGCAUAGGUGUUGCCCUACCUUGUGUUGUGCCACGUGACUGGAUAACUCCCCCAGAGUGCGACAACAUGGAUGGGGAUCUUCUUGAAGACGACGACGAUGAUGAGAGCGAGGAUUUUGGCGAGAGGUCGCAAAUGUUAGGGUCUGGUCAAGAGCGAAGACUGCAACGAAAAGCCUCUGCAGCUUCGGAAGAGGAAUGGUAUAAUGAAAUUGAGAGAAUCGGAAGAGCCAGCAUGGGAAGUGCCGAUGGCUCCACUGGGCCGUCGAGAAGCAGAUAUAUCGAUGAAGAACGCGCACGCCCGGUAAUAUCGAAGGAUUCAAAUGGCAGUGACAUGGCAUCUUUCAAUAGGGCACCAUUGUCACGCACAAAGCGGUAGAGAUAUAUUUUAAGCGAGUACUUCUUAUUUUUGGAGUUGGCGUUUCGCGACUUGCGGAAAACUGCCGGAAUGGCAUGUAUAAUAAACACAUGUAGUAGCUCGAUGGCCGCUUGCUCUUGCUAGUUCCUUGAUUCAUCAGAUGCGAACACAUUGGGGAAUAGAUCUUGCUUGCGAACUACUAAGCUCGAUCAUCCACUCCACUGCUGAAUUUGACAGCAAUUCUUAAAAUUAUGUAAUGCCGCACAUGGAUUCAGAGGACUCAGGCAGACCGGUUGACGCGAUUUCAAGAAUUCAACCAUCGUUGAAAUG